AUGAGUUCACCUAAAAUGCUUGAUUUGUCCUAUAACCAUUUGAGUGGCAUGAUUCAUCCGUGUUUUGGCAACUUGAAUCAAACAUCUUUGUUAGUGCUAAGACUACAAAACAACAACUUUGGCGGCACCAUCCCAAAAACAUGGGCAAAAGGAUGCCUCCUAAGGAUGCUGGACUUAAGUCAAAACCAGUUACAGGGUCAUUUUCCAAGAUCUUUGGCCAACUGUACUGAGCUUGAGUAUCUUCAUGUUGGCCACAAUCAAAUCAAUGAUACCUAUCCCUUUUGGUUGGGAACUCUUCAACAGUUGCAGAUUCUUGUUCUACAUUCUAAUGGCUUCCACGGUGCAAUAAGGAGUCUAGAAACAAAUUACACAUUUCCCAACUUGCAUAUCAUUGACCUCUCUCACAACCAUUUGUCUGGAAAUCUGCCUACAGGAUACUUUGCACAAUGGGAUGCCAUGAAAUCCAUUGGUGUAAAGAAUUUAUAUUACCUGGGGGACCAGGUCUACUAUUCAAUUACAAUGAUGAUCAAAAGUGUGGAGUUGGAGUAUAAGCGGAUCCAUAAUGACCUCAAAGUCAUAGAUUUCUCGUGCAAUAGGUUCGAAGGAGAAAUCCCAAAACAAGUGGGGAAUCUAAAAGGACUUCACGUGCUGAACCUCUCAAAUAAUGCUUUCACUGGUCAUAUUCCAUCAUCCUUUGUGAACUUGACACAACUAGAAUCAUUAGACCUUUCUCAAAACAAGUUGUUUGGAGAGAUACCUCCUGAAUUAGUCCAGCUUAAUUUCCUUUCAAUGUUUAAUGUGUCGCAUAACUCCCUCACUGGACCUAUACCACACGGGCAACAGUUUGAAACAUUUGAAAAUACUUCAUUCAAAGAUAAUAGAGGACUGUGUGGAAGGCCAUUGUCCAAAAUCUGUGGAGAUUCUGACAUUUCAACACCUCCACCUUCAACCAACUUUGAAGAGAAUCAGGGUCCAAAUUUUUUCUUUGAAUUUGGUUGGAAAGUAGUUGUGAUGGGAUAUGGAUGUGGAUUCGUAUUUGGAGUUGUUAUCGGGCACAUUGUGACAACUAGAAAGCCAGAUUUGGUUUUCAAUAUUUUUGGCAAGAAGCAACACCAAACUCGAAUAAAGGUGAAUCAUAGGAAGUAG